AUGGUUGGGUUAAGCUGUAACACCCUUUCGGUGCCUAGCUGUCAUGCCACCCAAAGAAAGCACGAGGGCUCGGAUACUGCCAGGUUUCCCCAACCUAGCGCACCAACACAAAAUGGGGUAUUGAAUGGACUCGUCCGGUGUUGCAAGAAAUGGCGGCUAAUCGAUGUCAGUGGCGUUCGUGCUGUCAAUUUCUUUCCAGAUUGUCUGAUUGAGCGGUUGGAGGUGUAG